GGGAGUAGUUGUGAUACCACAUUUUUAACACCUACUGGUAUAAUUUCAAGUCAGAAUUAUCCAAGCAAUUAUCCAAACAACAAUGACUGCAGCUAUACCAUCCUAGUUGAUCCAAAUUCUGUGGUGAAAUUAAACUGGAAGCAUUUCGAUUUGGAAUAUGAACCAAACUGCCCAUACGAUUCGUUGACAAUUUUCGAUAAAAAUAGCAAUGGAACGACGAUAACUUUUCCUCCCCUUUGCGGAACUGCUUUACCUAGUUUUCAAUAUUCCAUGUCUAAUCAAGUUAUCGUUUCGUUCUUGUCCGAUACAUCAGUAACUGCAAAAGGUUUUGAGCUCCAUUAUUCAACUGGUUACUGCAAUAGAAUAUUUACAUCAAUUAGUGGCGCUAUUGCCAGUAAAAAUUAUCCAUCCAAUUACGAUAAUUUAUUAGAUUGUAACAUGACAAUUCAACUUCCAUCGAAUUACAAAAUAAAUUUAACAUGGCAAGAUUUUGCUAUCGAAGAUGAUUAUCAAUGUGGAUUCGAUAGUCUGACUAUAUAUGAUGUUGUUGGUCGUAGUAAUCAGACAAAAUUGGGCAGAUUUUGCGAACGAACACCCCCUCCAAAUGCAAUAGCAUCAACAGAAAAUACUCUUAUCUUACAGUUUCAUACCGAUGAAAGUGAAACCAGAAAAGGUUUUCUAGCAAAUUAUGUGGGAGUGGAUAUCUGCAAUGCGGACUAUAACUCCUCUGCAGGGAUUAUUAUGAGUCCUAACUAUCCUGGUCUAUACCCACUGAAUAUCGAUUGUCAAUACCUCAUCAGAGCUCCCGCUAAUCAUGUUAUUACAUUAGUAUGGAACUUUAUGGAAAUCCAAGCGUCAACUACGUCCAAUUGUUCCAAAGACUGGAUAAAUGUUUACGAUGGAGAAACUGCUCAAAGUCUACUACUAAAGUCUUUAUGUGAUACUUACAUUCCUUCCUCAAUAACGUCCUCCUCAAAUCGCUUAUUAAUCGUUUUUCAUUCCGACAACUACAACCAAGGUCGUGGAUUUAAUGCUUCAUAUUAUACUACAGGUAUUCAAAACAGUUUUUUAAUAUACAUUAGACGCUCUACAAAGUAA